UUUCGAGAGCUUAUGUGUUUUGAAUCCAAGUACUUGUUUACAUUAAAGAGUGAAUAGGCAAAUAUUGAUGGGAAAAGUUAUUAAAUCAUUAUUCAGUAACUCGGAUAUUAAUUUCUUUCCUUGAUCUUUUGCACGCCAAGAAUAUCUUAUCCAGGAAGCUCGACUGGCACUAUGUCGAACGGUCGCUCAGGCAGCAGGAGGGUAACUCUACCCGACGAAUUUCCUCCCCGGCCCACGAGUAUGAUCAAGAAUGAACUUAUAAGAAUGAAUUCCAAGAUCGAAAAAAAAGAAACUUACACCCUCGUUUUGCUCUGCUGCACUUAUUUCUUCUACGGGUUGAGUGUGGGUCUCUAUGGCCCACUGUACCCGGAACAGGCAAAGAGCCAUGGAGUUGCAACGUACAUAUAUGGCCCAGCUAUGUCAAUUCAUUAUUUGGCAGCGCUAUUAUUUUAUCCGGUAGCUUGUCUGUUGAUAGGUUCAGUCAACUGUGAUUUAGCUAUAUCUUUAGGUAUUUUCAUUACUGGAGCUUGUAAACUUCUAUUUGGUACACUAUCAAGGAUUACGGAAGCUCUUCCAUUUAUUUUAUUAUCAUAUGGCAUUCAAAUCGUGGAAGGUAUUGGAUUUGGCAUUUUAUUGGCAACUACCUGUAUUGUUAUGUUUUCUCAAAUAACAGAAAAAAGCGGGCGGAAUAGAAAAAUAAUAUGUUUAUUUUUUGUACUUGGAAUCUCUGUUAGUCCUAUCUGUGGAGAAGCCAUUUAUGCAGCAAUCAACUUCAGUGUCCCAUUUUAUGGUGUAGGCGCCUUACUAUGUCUUUGUGCGCUGUUAUUAGGCUUAAUGCUUCCAGAACCAGAUCAAAGGCUUUCGAUUAAAGAUAUUCCUUUUAUAUCUUGGAUGAAGAAGUCAAGAAUGCUUAUUUAUUUCCUGGUGGUAUUCUCGACAUUUAAUUACAUUGGCUUUUUAACUGUUACAUUAGAGCCUUAUUUACGGCAGUUUCAUUUAAGUAAAUUAUUCCAUGGAGUCUUGUUUUCGAUCCCUGCCUUUUCCUGUGGCCUUUCUGCUCCAGGCUGGACAUGGGUGUCUAAAAAAGGAAUCAACAGCGUUCUUCUCAUCUGUAUCUCAGGUCUUCUGAUUUUCGCCUCACUGUUACUGAUAGGACCACCACCAUUCAUUCGACUAGAUUUAACUCUUGCUAAUGUAUCUUCAGCUCUUUUGCUAUGCGGAUUUGGCACUGGAGGAAAGCUAGCCUGCGUUGUUUAUACGGCUCAUAGAGACCUCGGAUCAAGACAGAGCCUUAAUGGGACCCAAGAACCCCUUCUCAUCCCCACAAUGUUUUGUUUUGGAGCUUUAUUAGGUUGUUUUUCAGGUUCCUUCAUUGCAGGCUUUGCAUACUACUACUUAGAUAUGGGAGAAGCAAUAUAUGUUUUGCUUGCACUUGAAGUUGUUACUGUUGCUGUGUCUUUUGUUUUUGCCUUCAAACGUAAUUACAGAUCUCCAAGAAAUUUGGCUGCAUCUGAUGAACGACAUCCCAUAUUGGAAUCAUAAGUCCCCAUCACCUACGCUGCCUGAAAUAACAGCUAAACAGAGACUUCAUCGUGGUGCAUACUUUCAUCGAAUUGUACUGCGCGUGAUAACUUCAUAAUAUAUCGAGUAUUCUUUUGUCUUCAAAUAUAGACUUUUAAGGACAAAAUUAUUUCUUUUACAUCAUUGUUUUGGCUUAUGGUAAUAUGUUUUACAUAUUAGGAAAUAAAAUUA